AUGGGAGAUUUUAAUCUAAUACCAAACCAAAACAAGGCGUUACGUCAGGCCAUAAUGAAACGAUCUCAAUUUAAAAAUCGUGUCCAUAAAACAAAAAACACGUCGCACAUUAGAAGCUUUAACAAACAACGUAACCAUGUGCGUGCAAAGGGUGAUGCUAAUAUUAUAUUAAUUGAAAACGAUAAAAUUAUAAUGGAAAAUAAAGACAUUGCCGUUAUUUUUAAUUCCUUUCUUGAAAAUAUUGUGAACUCAUUGGGCCGUUACAAAUGGCCCAUAGUUCCAGAAAACGAACCUUCAGAUGAGAAGUUAUUAAAAAUACAUCUACAAAAAAAAGCUACAAAUGGUGAAAUUCGUGUAAAAAUUCUGAAAGAGUCUGGUCAAUGCUUUAAAAAACUUCGUGAUUGUAUAAACGAGGAUAUAAAAAAUAGUCGCUUUCCAAAUUGCCUGAAAGAGGAAAAUAUAAUUCCCAUAUUCAAAAAGGGUGACAAGACAGUAAAAUCGAAUUAUCGGCCAAUUAGUAUUUUACCUCUUCUGUCGAAGGUCUACGAAAAACUUUUGAAAACGCAUUCGACACAACACGCUCUCUUUAAAUUAUUACAAGCUUGGAAACGUGAAUUAGAUAAUAGAAGCUUUGUGGGGACAAUACUAAUAAAUUUGUCUAAAGCUUACGACUGCUUACCCCAUGACUUAAUCAUAGCUAAACUUGAAGCUUAG